AAACAUUAAAGUCGCCGUGACAUGAGGGAUAAACGGACGGGGACGUUCUCGCAGAAACUUCACGGAAGCUGAACCCCAGGUUCGAGUUGGGAGGAGGAGGCGAUAGGAUUUGGAAGAUAGACGGAACACAGACUCGCGGGUGUUGCGAUGUCGGGGGUCAAGAGGGACCCCAAAGGGAGGAAGGAGGAUAACGGGGUGGGGAGCGCCAUCGAUUUCGUCCUCUCCAACGCCAAGCUGGUGCUGGGGGUCGGGGGGGCGGCGAUGCUGGGCAUCGCCACGCUGGCAGUGAAGCGGAUGUACGACCGAGCGGUCAGCGCCCCUGCCAGCCCCGCCAAGAUGGGCCAAUCGGGGAAGAGGAGCUGGGAGGAGCCGAGCUGGCUGGGGUCGUCGCCGCGGUUACUGAACAGCGACAUGAAAACCAACCUCAGCCGGUCUCUGCAGACUCUGCCCACCGGCAACUCUGCGUCCGGAGUCUGCUCUGUGGGGGCGGGGCCUCUCUCUCUGGGGGCGGGGUCCCGGCAGCGCGCGUCUCUCGGUGAGAAGCUGCGCUGCUUCUACGAGACUCGGGUUCGGAUCCCCUUGGAGGAGCAGAGCGGGGCACGCAGGGCUGUGCUGCAGAUCUGCUCCCAGCUGCUCUCCUCUCUGCGGGACAGGCUGCCAGACGCUCCCCUGAGAGACCCCUACCCCAGCGGCAGCCUCUAUGACGACCUGCAGGUGGUGACGGCAGAUCACGCCCAGCUGAUGGUCCCCCUGGUCCUGGAAAAAAACCUGUGGUCUCCCGUCCCCGGGGAAGAAACCAUCAUGAACGUCCCGGGAUUCUGGCUCAUCCGUCGGGAAAACCAGGAAUACUACCCGCGGGGGACCAGCUACUGGGACCGCUGCGUAGUGGGAGGCUACCUCUCCCCGAAAUCCGUCCUGGAAUCCUUCGAGAGGGUCGUGCGCGACUCGAUAAACUGGCCGGCCGUGGGCGCCGCGCUGGACUGUCGCGUCCGGCCGGUCGUUCCCUCGGAGACGAUCGCUCUGGAGGUCCAGUACGAGACCGACCGCCGGCUCUUCCUGGAGUUCCUGCCGCUGGUCGUCUUCGAAGACCGCGUGCUGAUCGCCAAGCCUCACCGUCUGGCCGAGUUCGCCAACGUGUGGCGGCAAAGCUUCCGGGAGGCCCACACCUCCAGGCUCCAGCGGGCGGACCGGGGCGAUGGCGGCUGCCGCUGCCUCUGUCUCAAGCUGCUGAAGGGCGUCUGCAAGGUCAACCCGGCCCUGGGGAAGCUGGACUCCGGGCAGCUGACCGCCGCCGUGCUGGCGGUCAGUACUCGGAAGAGAGACUGGUCGCCCGACGAUUUGGCCGAGCGUUUCCUGCUGCUGAUCCGGGAGCUGGUGGGGUGGCUGGAGGAGGGGUGCCUCCCUUGCCCUCUGGACCCCAAAGUCAACCUCUUCUCCGAGCUCACCCCCCAGGAGAUCGACGAACUGGGGUACACCCUCUACUGCGCGCUGUCGGAGCCGGAGAGCCUGCUGAGGACUUGAGAUUAUUGUAGUGCUGCCAUUGCACCCCCUCAGUGUAAUACAGAGCCAUUGCAGAGCCGCUGUCUGUCUGUCUGCCAUUGAAGAUCAUUGAGGGUAUAGUUAGCACACUGUGGUCCCAUUCUACCAGCCUCACCCCAUUGUAGCUGCCCUAUACUUGUGCUACCAUUGCCCCUCAGUGUAAUACAGAGCCAUUGCAGCGCCGCUGUCUGUCUGUCUGCCAUUGAAGAUCAUUGAGGGUAUAGUUAGCACACUGUGGUCCCAUUCUACCAGCCUCACCCCAUUGUAGCUGCCCUAUACUUGUGCUACCAUCGCCCCUCAGUGUAAUACAGAGCCAUUGCAGUGCCGCUGUCUGUCUGUCUGCCAUUGAAGAUCAUUGAGGGUAUAGUUAGCACACUGUGGUCCCGUUCUACCAGCCUCACCCCAUUGUAGCUGCCCUAUACUUGUGCUACCAUUGCCCCCUCAGUGUAAUACAGAGCCAUUGCAGUGCCGCUGUCUGUCUGUCUGCCAUUGAAGAUCAUUGAGGGUAUAGUUAGCACACUGUGGUCCCAUUCUACCAGCCUCACCCCAUUGCAGCUGCCCUAAAAGUGGUUGAAAAUACAGUAUAGGGCAGCUACAAUGGGGUGAGGCUGGUAGAACACAAUAGAGGGAUGAUAUUUUGACAGUGGGAUCUCAGUGGAGAUGAGCUAGCCAAACACACUGCUGGUAAUACAUUGCAGUCCAGCACAGGAGACAGACAGACAGAUAUUAGGACCCUUGUAUGUGCCUCUCUGCUCAGUCCCCCUCCGCUGGGCCAUGAGCUGGUGAUGCUGGGGUCUGCUAGCUGGGAUUUUGGGGGGUGUUUGAAACAGGAGGCUGUGUGGUCCAGUGGUUAAAGAAAAGGGCUUGUAACCAGGAGGUCCCGGGUUCAAAUCCCACCUCAGCCACUGACUCAUUGUGUGACCCUGAGCAAGUCACUUAACCUCCUUGUGCUCCGUCUUUCGGGUGAGACGUAGUUGUAAGUGACUCUGCAGCUGAUGCAUAGUUCACACACCCUAGUCUCUGUAAGUAGCCUUGGAUAAAGACGUCUGAUAAAUAAACUAAUAAUAUAAUAAUACUCAAGGGCAGUUCGAACGAGGAAUGGAGAAAUGGGGAGAGGAUUGUGAGAAUGGGUUUUUUGGUGAGAAGAUUGUUAUAAGAUAUAUACAUAUAUAUAUGUGUGUGUAUGUAUAUGGGGGGUGGGUAGGGGGGUAAUCUGCACAGGCAAAUUUCAGCAUUGCAGGAGCCAAUCAAAUCGUGUUUGUUCGAAGUAUGUGUUUUUAAAGGAGGUCUAACUACAGUGUAUAAAAAAUAAAGCUGUUUUUUUUCACACACACACACACACACACACACACAUAUAUUACUCUGAAGCCAUUCAUAAAUAUUAGCCAGCCUUUUUAUUGUGCUGUAAGCAAAAUAGGUUUUAUGGAUGUGAUUCACCAACAUAUUUUGGUCUCCAAUAUUUAUGGCUUCACAGUAUAUUAUAUAAUAUAGUAUUUGUAUGUGUUUAUUUUUAUUAAAAAUAAAUUAGUCGCAUUUGGUAUAGAAUGAAACCUUGAUAAGUAUUAUUUUGUUUGUUUUGAUGUCUCUCGGAGCCUUUUUUUUUGAAACGCCAGCUUCAGUGUUCCCUGACCCCAGACUGUGAUCACGUGACUUUGUUUUGGUCUCAUCUUUUUUUAAAAAUCUUCCCCCUCCCCUCCCUUGAUUCUAUUUAAAUGCUGUUUAGCUUCAGUCAGUCUGAGCGAUUCUAGUUUCCUCUGAUUUUGAGUUUUGAUUCGAUUUAUAACCUGCUUUGCCUGCCUUUGAGUUUGCAUUGAAUCCCUGACUGUCUUCCCCCUUUCUAUUGAGGUCAUGUGAUGACAGCUCAGCCGGCCCCGCCCACUCUCUCUCUCAUUGGCUAUCAGUGCAGAGCAGGCGUGGCCAGCUGCAGAGGCGGUCUCUUUAAAAGAAACGCGCUCUCAACGCAGUUCAAAAAGCCACCAGGAUUGGUGCUAAAGUGGUUGAAAAAUUAUCAAUAAUGGGAUUAUGAUGUCAUUUCCUUUUUUUGUCUUUCAAACCAACUGCAAUGCUGUACUAAUUUUAAUUAAGAACAACAAAAAAAACGAGCUGGGUAAAAAAUUAUGCUGUAAAAAUACUCUGGCCGAUUCUGAAUGCUGUAAGAUUUGCUACAGCUGUUUAUAACAUUGAGGUUAUAAUCAAUAAACGUUUGCCCUAUACUAACAGA